UUAGGCUUUUCUCUGCUUUUACAUACACAUGCCAAUGCGUCUUGAAUAAAAUUACGAAACAGCUGACAAUUUUUAUCACAGAUAGAGCACACAUAACCGUUUUGCGCCAUUUCGUUCUUUGACGAAAGCUCUAAGUUAAUUGCAAAAGUGUUCUCUAGUAUAAUAAAUUAAGACAUGUAUCGUUUUAGCGGCAAACAUUUCGGUAUUGUUAGAAAUUUUUGUUCGCAAUUUAAUGAUAUCACUAAUCUCGUUAAAAAAAGUAAGGUAGUCGUCUUUAUGAAAGGCGUUCCAGAAGAGCCAAGAUGUGGAUUCAGCAAUGCAGUAGUUCAGAUAUUACGAAUGCAUGGUGUUACUUAUGAUGCUCACGAUGUUCUUAAAGAUGACAAGCUUAGACAAGGUAUAAAAGACUUUUCUAAUUGGCCCACUAUACCCCAAGUAUUUAUAAAUGGUGAAUUUGUGGGUGGCUGCGACAUACUCUUAGAAAUGCACAAAAAUGGUGAGCUUAUUGACGAACUGAAGAAAGCUGGAAUUACUAGUGCUCUUUUGGAAAAGGAAGAAUCUUCUUAAAGUGGUAUCAACAAAUCUAAAGAAUAAAUCUAUCUUAGGUAUAUUGUAAAUAAACAGAAGGUUGUAUCUCUUACUUAUAGAAAGAUAAAAGGUUGCUUUUUGUUACGAUAAA